GCCGCGUCGCGAUUGGCCAACACCUGAAGACCGAGCAUAUGACGUCACUAUUCCUUGUUAUCUACCUGUGACAAUGGCCCGGCACUUCAAGGAACAAGAUAUUGAUGAAUUCAGGGAGUGUUUCUCUCUCUAUGCUCGCAAUGGACAGAUUCGUACUUUGGACCAGUUGACUGUGAUUAUGCGUUCCCUUGGAAUGAGUCCAACCAUUUCUGAGCUUAAAAAAUACUUCAAAGACAAAGGCGGAAAGAUGAGCUUCCCUGACUUCCUGGACGUGAUGCACAAGCACAGCCAGGUGGAGAAAAUACCAGAGGAGAUCCUUGCCGCCUUCAAGGGGCAUGACCCACGCAACACUGGCAGCAUCCCAGCACGUGAUCUGCGGCAUAUCCUCUUGCAGUGGGGUGAGCGGCUUAGUCACAAAGAAGUUGAACAGAUCUUCCGCGAAGCCAACAUCUCCCCCAAUGGUGUUGUACGCUACCAUGACUUCUGCAGGAUUGUGUGUGCUCCUGUGCCUGACUAUUACUGAAUGUCCUGAAGGGUUGUGUGUGCCCUUGUGUCUGUUACAUGAAUGCCUGCUUCUUUCUUAAUAUUUAUGAAGAGGAUGCAUAACUGUUACAGUACAUCAGAACAAGCUAUAGAUUUGUUAUAGUAAUAUCACUAUUAAUGCAGUGCCUUGAUUUGAUAUUUAUUAAGGUUUGUGUUCAAUAUAUAGAUAUAUAUAUACAUAUGGAUUUGCUGUACUAAUGUUAGUAUAUUUUAUUAUGCUACAUUGUGAUAAUAUUGACAAUGAUUAAUUGUUCACUUAGAAGAACAAUAAAUAAUAAGUUAAAGUUUUGAUGUUAAAAGAAAUAUAUUUAGUAUAUAUAUAAUUUUAAUCUUUGUUAAUUUAAGCACUUAAUUUCAACCAAAGAUUGUCACCUUGGGUCAAAAUUUUAAUAGUAAUUAGAGCUAUGAGCAAAUGGGACUAUUGAUACAUACAAUAAAUAAAUAAUUUAUACAUAAAGAAAACUGUAUCUUAUUAACCUUUCUUCAGAUGUCACAUUAAAAAUAAAUAGUUAUGCUUUUAAAAUGUAUUACACAGCCUCGAGGAAGACGCAGCGUUGACUAUGUACAGUGUGUAUGCUACCAAAUCACCCUCCAGUCAGAACUGUAGU